AUGGAUCAUGAUCACCAGCAACAUCAAGAGCCAGGGAGCACCGGGGGAUAUCAUGAUGGUGGUGGCAAUUGGGUCGACACCAACGGGAAUCCCUAUCCGCACUCAGUGCAUCAAUCUCCUGUGCACGAGUAUCCGGGUUUCGCAUUUGCUCCGAUGCCAAUGGAGCCAAUGUACACUCAUGGCAUGCCGUCGACGAUGCCUCCGCCGCGACCAACUCACCAACUCCAGCCGCUGGUCAUGCCGCAACAGCAACAGUGGCCCAGUAUGCUCACGAGCCAGUCCACCUACGUGCCUCCCAUUUAUCCAAGCACAACGCCAGCGGUGCCUGUUGCGCCGGCCUCAACGCCGAUCUCUGCGACGUCGACCAGCUCAAGAACGUCGACGCCUCGGAAGACGCUGACUGAUACAGACCGGAGAAGGAUGUGUCUGUACCAUGAGGAGCAUCCGAAUGUGAAGCAGACGGAAAUUGGUGCCAUGUUCGGUGUCGAACGAAGCACGGUCUCCAAAGUCCUGAGGAACAAAGAAAAGUAUCUCUACCAAGAAGAUGGAAGUCGUUCCCCUGCGAAGAAGAGCAAAGGCAAGUCCCAGGAUCUUGAACGUGCUGUUUCUACCUGGGCGCGAAACCAGCAAAACAAACGUGGAAUGGCCAUUUCGGACCAAGAGAUUCGAGAGCGGUUCCGGUACUUUGCGACGGCACUGGGCACCUCAGAGGGUCAGGCUAAGGCAAACAGCAACUCCUGGUUAAACAAGUUCCGUGCGAAGAACAACCUGCUAGGCUCGAAGUCGCGGAAAGGCUCGAUAGCAGAAGACUCGGAGGACCAGUCCAAUCCUGCUUCGCAGUCUCAAACCCCCGGAGGAAUUUCGCCUACUACGCCGGAUCCAGCCGGCACCGUCUCUCCUAUCGAUUUGGCUAUGGCGGUGACCAAAACAGAAGAAGGAGCCGGCGCUGGGAAGGCUGAAAGUCCAGAUCAUUUCUUCGAUUUUAACCAGGCCCAACAAAACCACCGGCCUUUCCACUCGCAAAGCAAUACGUCUCUGUCUUCUGUAUUUACUGACGCGGCUCCGUCUUCGUUCUCUCCAGGUCCUACAAGCCCGACUUCGCCUUUUUUCUCUCCGGAAUCCGCGACCGGACAGAGUCCUUUCGUUCCAACCAAAGGUCGUAUGACAUCGGUCAGCGGUAGCACUACACCCGGCUCGAACGGCUUCCAACGUCCUCGCAGCCAGACGUUCCCAAUGCUGGGCAUCGAACCACAAGCCUUCACUCCCAGCACGGGUCCGACGUCAGAUUCCUUAACACCAAAGUACAUACCAUCGACAGCGCGCGACUCGCCGAUGGGCGAGCUUUCGUCGAACCCGCUGCCAUCCGCCGAGGAACAACUGGAAGCCGCAGCUACCAGCGCAUCUGAGAUGCCGCCUCCUUCAAUGUCAGCAUCAUCUGCUCUUCCGCCUCUUACGACGGCGCAGCACCAACCAGUUCACUCUCCGUCACCCGUCCUGAUGCCCCACGUCCAGACCCGGCUCGACCGUAUGCACCAAUCGUCUCCAAUCACGCCAGCUAGUGUCACAACUGCACCGAAUUCCUCCACGGAGAGCGCAUUCAGCCCUAUUCAACAUCGGGCGGUGCUCAACUCGACGCCUCAGCCAGCAGCCGGUAGCCCCAGCCAAGAAGAUGCCCGACGAGCACUUGAAGUGGUGAUGCAGUUCUUCCAGCAUCAACCGAGCGGACUGGUUGAGCCGCAAGAGUACGUGACAAUCGGGAAGUUGAUGGAGAAGUUGAAGUUGAGACGCCAGUCCUUUUCGCAGCCAGGAGGCGUUCAGCAACUCGGUAUCGGCCUUGGUGUUGCCAUAAGCGAGGGCAUGAGAGACUAG